AGUGAGCUUCUCAAACCUCCAUCAAUGGCUGUCCUAACCAAUCUGAACAAGAAAAGAUCCUCCAUUUGUGGCCUCAUCAAACCCAGAUUGUUCUCUUCCCAAAGGCGUCCCUUACCUGCAACGGUUCAAUUUUGUUGCAUUAUCAUGGGGAUCAUGGCAUGCAUGCUAGGCCCGGCAACAGGAGGAAGAACAACAGGUCCAGGCGGCCAGAGCAAAAAGGAUGAUAAUCGUAUCCUUUACAUAGUUGUUGUACUAGUAAUUGUGAGCCCGGCUGGGGCUGCUCUUAUUUUUUUAUGCUGCAGAUGUGUACGCGGCGGGCCUUCGACCCCCAAACAGGGGAUACUUGAGUUUUCAACCGUUAAUGAGGUUUCCUACCCGCCUGAUGCCGGCGCAGGUUUUGGCGCAACAAAUUGUUCCAUCUGCCAAGGGCGGCUCGGGGAGGGAGAGAGAGUGAGUGUUUUGCCCAUUUGCAGGCACAUACAUCAUCCUCAAUGCCUCCAAAACAGGAUGAAUUCAAGAGGCCUUUACUGUCCUGAUUGUCGACAGGAUUACUCUUUUUGGGACGGAGCGCACCCAAGUCCCGGCUUUUUACCUUGAGAGAUAUUUUUGCUGCCUUUUUGAUUUUCAACUUAGAAGUUUACAGGUUUUACUUGUGAAAGGUGUAAUUGACGUACAACAUCUGAUGAUUUGGCUGUUGGGUUAUUGAUAUUUUGAAUAGAUUAUUCGUAAUCAA